ACGUGGUCCCUCGACAUGGCAACGAUUAGCGCCGAUUCGUCUUGCUGUUUGACCGACUCGACCAAGUCGCAGGUCUGCUCCGUCAAAGAGAAACCAGUCGCUCUUCUGUCCGACUCCGACAUCAAUAAGAUCGUCGAGCGAAAACUUCUCUCGAAUAACUUUCGCGUUUUACAUUGGAGUUUGGAUAACUUAGGGGAGAUAAAUGGUUUCUUGGGCUUGUACUAUACUCUCUCCGUUACGGUGAAAAUCGAUGACAAAUCGAAGCAUUUCAAAUUCUUUGCAAAGACACCGCCACCGACCACCAGUCCACAGUACGAUUUUCUAGUCCGCAGCAAUACGUUCAACAAGGAGAUCGUUGUCUAUAGCGAGAUAGUGCCGAAGAUGGGCACAGGAAGCGGUCCCAAAUGGUUGCCCGAUUACUAUUUCGGCAAGAAUAACGUUAUAAUAGUUUUGGAGGACGCCAGGCAAAACGGAUACGUUAACCUGGACAAAUAUCUGCCGUUCGACGAUGAACACUGUAUUCUAGUAGCAAAGACGAUCUCGGUCUUACACUCGAGAUCCUUGAUCCUGGACGAGAAGCUUCGCCGUAGUACCGGUCAAACGAUUUUUGACCUUUACAGGAAGUACCUGGAGGAGGUGGCUUUCAUCGAGAGCGAGUCGGCGGCGCAGAAGUAUCUCUCCUCGUGCAUCAAAGGUGCAUGCACUAUAGUUGAUAUGAACGAGAAGCUGAAGGACGACGAGGCGACUCUUAUUAAGAAUUGGAUAACCAAGUGGGUACGGAGGUUACCAGAAUUGCUGAAGACGUCAAAUAAAUUCAGAAACGUGAUGUGUCACCGGGAUCUAUGGCCAAAUAAUAUCAUGUUCAAGAAAGACUCUAGCGGUAAAUCGAUCGGGUGUUACCUGAUAGACUUUCAAUUCUUGCGAUACUCUCCGCCGGCGAUCGAUUUUGUGAUCUGUUUCCUGUUGUCGACCGAUCGUGCUACUAGACGUCGAUGCAACGAGUCGCUUAUCGACGUUUACUGCGACACCAUGAAGAAAGAAUUGGCCGCCGAAGGUCUCGAUGUUGAGGAUUGCUUGCCUCGCGCGCAAUUCAUUGAGAGCUGCAAGGACACUCAAGGCCUGGCAUUGGCAUAUGCGGUCGCUAACAUGCAAAUAAUGUUGCUAACGCGACAAGCGGUGGAAGAAUAUUUUAUAGGAUCUACCGAUCAACUGGAGUACGUGGUGUACGGUGAUCAACGCAGCGAUCUCGUUAAAAAUCAAUGCCGCAUUAUGAAAUCCUAUCAGCCGCGUAUUACAGAGAUAAUAGAAGAAAUUAGAGAGUAUUUGGCAGCUAAUCCAGACAAAUGCUAGCGGACGAGAAAGAGAAGCACGGGUCAUUGGUUGUUUCUUUGGCACGUUGGUCAUUUGGUACUUGUAUUAUCGUCUGUGAUAAAAUGUGACGUUAAAACGAGAGCAGAAAACAGGUUGUUUCUACGAUUCUACGAUUUGCCCAUGAAAUGAUCUAUUUCGCCUUCUCGUUAUCCAACGUUAUGGUACAAAUAUCUUAUUCGAAGGAUUUAACGCGGCCACACGCGUAGGCUCGUAACUUUGUUACACGGAGAAUCGUUAAGAAAGCGAAUUUUCUACUCAAAACCAUUGUGUGAUACGACGCUUUGCCGGCUUAAACGACGUCAUCGUUCUCCGUUAGGCGAACUUUGUCGUAAAAGGGAAAAGGGAUUACGGGUCGUAAUAAACUUUGUAGAAACCCUGCAAGAGGCGGAAAGAUAGGAACCUCUAAUAUUUAAAGUAACUUUUCGCCGUAAUCUUAACUCCUUACAGACUCAAUACAGCUCAUGGCUGCCACGAGCUGUAUCGCCUUUUGUAUCAGCGAACGUCGAAAAAUAUGGCAUCAUACUAAUAAAAUAAAGUCGAUUUUAAUGGAUAUUUACAUUUUUCCAUGCACAGUAUGUCUAGUUUAAAUAUACUCCAACUAUUAAAUGUACGAUAAUAUUCUUCAAAUGGAAGUUGCCUGAUUUAAUAGAAGAAACUUGAUAGAACAUUUGAAUUCCCUUUUAGAUCGUUGUUGAUAAAAUCUCGAUAUCCACGUACUUUUCUUCGAUGGAACUAUAAUGUUUACAAGAAGCAUUUCUACACACCCUUAUUCCUUUUCUUGUAAUCGUAUGAAGGCACUUCUAAAUAAUAUAAAUUUUAUUGUUUCUUAACUACUGUAUUUUAACCAAAGAAGAUGGAUAUUUCGUAUGUUA